CUACUACACGGUGCAGUGGAUUGUGGGUAAUACGUCAGCCCGCCGCCAUAUCUGUCUUUCUGUACCGGCUGAAGGAGAGAGCCUGGAGUCAUGAGAGGAAUCCGGUCUCUGAACAAUAUCCCCAAACGUUGCUAUGCCGCUGCCAGGAGGAGUGAAGCUCUGACUGAACCCCUCUCGGGCCGUGCACGUUCCUCAGCUGCACCUCUCCCUCCCCAAAAUGUCCAGGUGUCCAAGCUUCCAAACGGUCUGGUGAUAGCAUCGCUGGAGAACUAUUCCCCCCUGUCCAGUGUUGGUGUGUUUGUGAAAGCCGGGAGUCGCUAUGAGACCGUGGAGAACCAAGGCGUCUCUCAUGUGCUACGACUGGCAUCAAACCUGACUACUAAGGGAGCGUCUGCCUUCAAGAUCUGUCGUGGAGUGGAGGCACUGGGGGGCAGCCUGAGUGUGACAUCAUCAAGAGAGACAAUGGUCUACUCCGCAGAGUGCUUAAGAGAUAACCUAGAUUUAUUGUUUGAGUAUUUGGUCAACGUGACUGCAGCUCAGGAGUUUAGGCCGUGGGAGGUAAGCGACCUGACGUCCAGGGUGAAGAUCGACAAGGCUCUGGCCCAGCAAUGUCCUCAGAUAGGUGUAAUUGAGAAGGUGCACGAAGCAGCGUACAAAAAUGCCCUGUCCAACUCUCUGUACUGCCCUGACUACAUGGUCGGUCGAAUCACCCCCACACAGCUGCACUCAUAUGUUGAGGACAAUUUCACCACUGGCAGAAUGGCUCUUGUAGGACUAGGUGUAAAGCACUCCGUCCUGAGGCAGAUGGGCGAGGGGCUCCUGAGCGUCCGCAGCGGGGCUGGAGCACCCGUGGCUAAGGCUUUGUACCGUGGAGGUGAGCUGCGGGUGCAGAAUAACGACGACCUGGUCCACGCACUGAUUACCAGCGAGGGCGGCGUCACAGGUAGUGCUGAGGCUAAUGCCUUUAGCGUGCUGCAAAGGAUCUUGGGAUCUGGGCCACAUGUAAAGAGGGGCUCCAACAUCACAAGCAAACUGAGCCAGGGUAUUGCCAAAGCUACCACACAGCCCUUUGAUGCCACAGCCUUCAAUGCCUCAUACUCUGACUCUGGCCUGUUUGGCGUCUACACCAUCGCACAAGCUGACUCUGCAGGAGAGGUGAUCAAAGCUGCCGUCGCUCAGGUGAGGGGUGUGGCUGACGGAAAUGUAUCAGAGGCUGAUGUCACCAGAGCAAAGAACCAGGUGAAAUCAGAGUACUUGAUGUCAAUUGAGGGCUCUGAUGGCCUGAUGGAGGAGAUUGGUGCGCAGGCUCUGACCACUGCAGCAUACCAGCUCCCUGACGCUGUUCUCCAGGCUAUAGACGCUGUCACCCAGGACGAUGUGGUCAAAGCUGCGAAAAAAUUUGUGGAUGGCAAGAAGACCAUGGCAGCAAGCGGACAUCUGGUGAACACGCCGUUUGUGGACGAAGUAUGAAUAUAAUAUUUGAGGACGGUUGAUUUUAACUUGGGCGUGUUGCGCCCGGCUGCUUAAAAAGGAGAGAGGACCUCAAGGCCACAGCCUCCUGCAACAAUUCAUUUGACGUCACCAAUCAUUUGUAGUCUGUCCCGCAGUAAGUGUAAGCACCAACAAGAAGCCGGAGAAUCACGAUGCAAUUUCUCUUUUGUUUUUUGUCAAUUUAACUGUAUAUCUAUGUAAAUUAAAGACAGUAAUAACAA